GGACUGACGUCAUCUAACGCGACAGCUAUUGUAGCCACGCUGCGUCUGUCUCGCUUUGUGAAGCACUAAGGACGGAAUACUGUUACUGAGUGAGACAGAAGUGUGAACAAGUUCAGAAAGAAUCCCAUCGCCAAGAGGCAGACAAGAGAGAAAACUCUGCCAUUUACUGUAUCGUUUAAAUGGAUGUGAAAGAGGAGACGUGUGAGGCUGACCUGAAUAUCAUAGAAUUAAGGAUCAUAAAUGUUAAGGAGGAAGACUGUGAAUGGGAGACUGUACACCCUAAACAGGAGAGUCUGGACAUUAAGGAAGAAGACACUGAACUGGGGUCAGUAAAUAUUAAGGAGGAGGAUGAAGAGGAAUGUGUCAGCACUGAGAUGGACAGCUAUAGGUGUAUAGAGAGUCUCAAGGAAGAUGCCCUUCGUUAUGGACAUCAAGAUGGAGCUGUGACCGGGUUAGUCUCUUCUCUUAGCACACACUCUUCAUCUCCGGAGUCUUCUAUCAGUGUACAGUAUGAAUCAUUACAGUCUGACACAAAGGGGUUUGAAGACGUUUUAUCUUCUAGAACUGAGGAAGGUCAACCACCACCUAAGAUGUCAUCUAAAACAAGAAUUAAACUUCAUGACCACCGAAAACUUCACACAGGGGAGAAGCCGUAUUCCUGUUCUGAAUGUGGCAAAGAGUUUUCACAGAAAAGGUAUCUUCAGGGCCACCAAAGAAUUCACACAGGGGAGAAGGCAUAUUCCUGUUCUGAAUGUGGUAAACAAUUUUCAGUAAGACAUAAUCUUCAGCGCCACCGAAGACUUCACACUGGAGAGAAGCCCUAUUGCUGUUCUGAAUGUGGCAAAAAGUUUUCACAGAGAAGCCAACUUUUGACUCACAAAAGCAUUCACACAGGGGAGAAGGCAUUUUCCUGUUCUGAGUGUGGUAAACAAUUCUCAUGCAGUAGAAAUCUUCAGACACACAUUAAAACACAUACAGGGGAGAAGCCAUAUUCCUGUUUUGAAUGUGACACCCCCCUGCAUGAAGCAGAAGACCACAAACAGGCUGUAGUACCAGGGCCAGACAUGAAUGAGAGUGUCUUGUGCCCAGAGAUACCCCAACAUGAAGAGGAGGGCAGCAAACCACAGAGUGUGGUACCUGAGGAAUGUCAGAUUGAGUCACAGGAAUAG